CUUCCUCUGACCUGCAUUCUCCGGGCACUUGCUCUCUGACUGGGAGGGAUGACUCCAGCCUGGAGACACUUGCUGAGAGCUUGGCACCUGCAGACCUCCUCUCCCAGGAUCACCAAGAUGUGCCCUUCCUUGAGCCGAGGUGCUUUCCGGACAUCUGUGACAAAGCUUGGUCUUCAUACAAAACCCAGAAUGCCUCCAUGUGACUUCACACCUGAAAAAUACCAGUCCCUUGCCUAUGAACGUGUCCUGGAGAUCCAAAAUCACCAUCUUACUCCCACGCGGACUGCGUAUUUUCGGAAGCCUUUGUUGCUUCACCAGGGUCACAUGGAGUGGCUGUUUGAUUAUGAGGGAAACAGAUACCUGGAUUUCUUUUCUGGGAUUGUCACAGUCAGCGUCGGUCACUGUCACCCGAAGGUAAAUGCAGUGGCACAAAAGCAGCUUGGACGCCUGUGGCACACAAGUGCCCUCUUCUUCCACCCUCCAAUCCAUGAGUUCGCAGAGAAGCUUUCAGCACUUCUUCCCGAGCCUCUAAAGGUCAUUUUCUUGGUGAACAGUGGCUCAGAAGCGAAUGACCUAGCCAUGCUGAUGGCCAGAGCACACUCAAAUAGCACAGACAUUAUUUCUUUAAGAGGAAGCUACCAUGGGUGCAGUCCUUACACACUUGGCCUGACAAGUGUAGGGCCCUACAGGAUGGAGCUCCCCAGUGGGUUGGGCUGCCAAUCAACGAUGUGCCCAGAUGUUUUCCGUGGCCCUUGGGGAGGAAAUCACUGCCGAGAUUCUCCGGUGCAAACAACGAGGAAAUGCAGCUGUGCACCAGACUGCUGCCAAGCAAAGGACCAGUAUAUUGAACAGUUCAAAGAUACUCUGAACACUUCUGUGGCCAAAUCAAUUGCUGGAUUCUUUGCAGAGCCAAUUCAAGGGGUGAACGGAGUCGUUCAAUACCCAAAGGGGUUUCUCCGGGAAGCCUUCGAGCUGGUGAGAGAGCGGGGAGGCGUGUGCAUCGCGGAUGAGGUGCAGACAGGAUUUGGAAGGCUGGGCUCUCAUUUCUGGGGCUUCCAAACCCAUGGCAUCCUGCCAGACAUUGUCACCAUGGCUAAAGGGAUUGGGAAUGGCUUUCCCAUGGCAGCAGUGGUGACAACUCCAGAGAUUGCCAAGUCUCUGGCUAAACGCGUUUUUCACUUCAACACCUUCGGAGGGAACCCCAUGGCCUGUGCCAUUGGGUCAGCGGUGCUCGAGGUGAUUAAAGAAGAAAAGCUACAGGAAAACUGUCAAGAAGUUGGCACCUACAUGCUGCAGAAGUUUGCUGAGCUGCGGGAUGAGUUUGAGAUUGUCGGAGAUGUCCGAGGCAAAGGCCUCAUGAUAGGAAUAGAAAUGGUGAAGGAUAAGGUGAGCAGCCAGCCUCUUCCCCAGGAAGAAGUCAAUGAAAUCCAUGAGGACUGCAAGAGCAUGGGGCUUCUAAUUGGCAGAGGCGGUAUUUUUGCUCAGAAAACUCUCCCAGUCUGAAGUUUCCUGAUUCUCUGUAUUUGCUGCUCUUCAAUCUACUAGUUCACAUCUCCACGCUACCUUCCCUUCAAAAAGAACCGAGAAAACAUCGGGAAAAGUGCUACAUACAACUAGGUCUGAACUGGGACUUUCUUCCUGAAAGAAUCAGAAAUCCUCAACAAGAGGUAUUACUAUAAAGGAAUACAGCUUUGGAGGGGAAAAAAUGGGGUAGUAAACGAAGCAUUUUCAUUGGUAAGAAAACACAAAUACAUGUGUUUAUUACUGCAAUCUAUAGGACCUACUCUUCCCGACUCCAGACAAGAUAGGCUUGGGUUAGGUAUAAAUCUCUCUUAUCUUGUGUUUAUUCUAGUGGUUCUGGCACACACAAAGGAGAGAGGAAAUGUUCUAAGCUAAUGACUAUAGAGUCUUUGGGUAGAAGACAGUAUGAGUCAUUUUAAAAAGGAACACAGAACUUGCUAUGUGGUUUUAUAAUUGAAGUAAAAGUUCCAAGUCACAAAUUUUAACAGUGAUAAGUUCAUGUAUCAUGUAUCAUUUUUGGAAUAUGAGACAGAUAAAAACUACUUUCAAAUAUAUAACCAUUUAAAUAGAUAAGCCAAAUCUAAAGUUUUACAAAAAAUUACUGUUAACUAAAUUUUCUUAAAAAUAUUUUCAGUUUUCAAAAAGAACUGUAACAUUUAAUACUUAAUAUAAGCUAAUAUAAUGAGAUUAUAUUAAAGUAGCACAGAAAUCAAUUCCAUUCCCUUAAGAACCACCAAAUAUCCUUAGUAAAAUGGACAAGCUCAUUGUGUGUUUAUACGUCUACAGGAUUGUUACGUAUAACAUAAUAACUUUUUAUUUAAAAAUAUUCUUGAGAUUGGAUUUAGACACCAGGUGUGAAAUAUUUAAGCUACUUACAUUUCUGAGUAAUACUAACAUUUUUUCAAGAAUCAUAAUCAUUACACAUUUCUAACCAAACGUUCCUUUUGCAAAAUUUCAUUUGUUGUUGGCAAAAGAAACCUAGAUAUACAAUAAUCAACCCUCAGAUUUUCACAUAUUUCUGAUUUUAACUGUUAUCUUGAUUUAAAGACCCAGUCACCACAUGUGUCCAGAUAUUUUUUUAAUAUGAUCACUCAGCUAAUUAGUAUCUGGGAAUUAAUUUCACCUGCAAAAUUUUAAGACACAUCGACAACAGUAAUUAAGUAAAUUAGCUACGUACAUAUUAAUGGAGGAAAAAUGAUGAAGAAAGAAAAUUGUUUUCAACUCCCUUCAAUCUUUUUUAUAAUCAACAUAAAAUUAUAGAGUGAAAAAUACAAACGAUACUGAGUAAACAAGAGCAGUCCAACUUUAUGUUUGAUAUUUAAUGUUAAUAAAAC